AAGUCGCAUUGCCAUUGCUCGAUUUACUAGGUAUUGCUAUGACUGACGUUUUCUGUAAUCUGUUCCCCUUUCUACUCCGCCUUCGCCUCUGUCCUGCCAAGUGGUCUCGUCUCCCGCGGGACACACCUAUAUCAUCACUGGGAUUACACCGGCCGUGUGCCGCCUCCCCUUCCCCGCCACUACUCCUCUCAUGCCCCGCUCUCACUCCCCGAAUAGACUUUCCGUGAUACUAGGAAUUGCUGUUUUUCUGAACGACUAUACGUGACAAAUUAACAUAGAUUGUCGGACAAAGAAAAGUGAUAUACAGAAGAAAGAAAAUAAGACAAUGGGAACUAAUGGACAAUGGCAAUACAAGUGCAACUGAGUUCUGCGUGUAAAAUAAGCCUAUUUUACAAUUUUCUCAUAGAAGCAUUGUAGGCAUAGCUGUAGAAACAUACUAAGUUUUUUAAAAAGGAGGCAAACCUGCGAAAAAUCCUAUUUCGCCAAACACCUGUCAUGAUUUCAGAGAAUUGAACAAACUGGACAUACCCAGCGCGCAUUCGCUCAAAUUUUGGCUACAUGAUACCAUUUUUGCAGAGCAAACCCAUUCCCCUCCGCCAGCAUUCUAACCGAUGUGCUCGGCAUGCUCUGUUGAUGCCCGCAGGAAUUACCGCAGGAGUUGUUGCAGUCCCCCAAACCCUUCUCAAACGAACGGAUUACAGACAGCACCAGCUAGAGAUCCUCGGUAACGGUGCCUGACUUUUGCUGGCCGGGUAGCUGCGCGGGACGAGAGAUGAGUUCCCUCCUCUCUACACUAGUCAUGUUAUCUGUCCAGGCUUUACUGGUGGUCUGCAGCCCCCUGCAGGUAAAUGUCUUAGCGCAUGACCAUGUUAAUUUCAGCGUAUACGUGGAGAAUCAGACACGGGGUCGAGACGCCAUGAGUCGCCGGCAGCACAGAGUGUACCAGCUGUACAGCAGGACAAGUGGCAAACACGUGCAGGUGAUGGGGAGGAGAAUCAGUGCCAAGGGAGACGAUGGGGAUAAAUAUGCCCAGCUUGUUGUGGAGGCUGAUACUUUUGGAAGUCAGGUGAGAAUCCGUGGUAAAGAGACCAACUUCUACCUGUGCAUGAACCAUCGAGGCAAGCUUGUGGGGAAGAAGGCUAGUAAUCGCAGUGCAGACUGUGUCUUCGUUGAGAUGGUGUUGGAGAACCACUAUACAGCUCUGAUGUCAGCACGCUAUACGGGCUGGUACGUGGGCUUCACCAAGAGGGGGCGCCCCAGGAGAGGCCCUCAGACACUGCCCAACCAGCAGGACGUUCACUUCAUGAAGCGCCUGCCCCCCGGGGAGCAGCCCGACCUGCAGCCUUUCCGCUUCACCACAGUCAGCAAGAGAAGCAAGAAAGUGAGAGGGACCCGACCCACAGCCACGACAGCACCUACAUAGUCAAUGCCACACAACAUACCCAAAUGACUCGACAACUGUCCUCCCGUGUGAAUUGAAUGUAAGGAGUUUGCUGGGCUGAACCCAGGUAAAGACCUAAGUAAGUGGUGCAUAGUACAAUAUGUGCAUCUAAAGACUUGGAGCUAAACAAUCUGACCACAUCAGGGAAGAUGUUGUCCUUGCCUGUUUCCUCCCCAUUCCAGAGACAGUGUUGUCUCAAAGACUGUUGAAUUACAAUGUACAUUGCCAACCAUUCUAGUUAGGCCACAGAAGACAGCUGUACUCAGUGUUUGUUUCCAGAGGCACUAAAGUUGAGCUACCAAAGACGACUGAACCAUAGCGUUUAAUAGCGAAUAUCCGUGUUUUCAACAUCCCAAAGACAACUGGUCAACUGUUCAGUACCAAACACCCGAACCACCAAAGGCGACUGUAGCGUGUACCCAACACAGAGGGACAGUCAAGGUUUCUCAAUGCAUUAUUUGUAUGUUUUGUCUUCAUGUGACUUAGGAGCUACUGUUCCUGCCUUUUCACUCAAUACAGAAAGCUGCUGUAACAUAGUAUAAGUACACGAUCUUCAGUCUGUCUCGUAUGGAAAUAUUUAAGAAUUGUUGAAACUAUAUGCGUUUUAUUACCAUUGUUAUUACAAUUAUUUAUUUAACUUGAUGGUAUGAUAGCCCUUUUAGACCAAUGGUAUUGCCAAAUAGAAUACAAACAUAUGGUCCUAAACUGUUACCGGUUUGCGAUACUGUGAGAUACUCAUUAUCAAUA